AUGAAUGGCAAGUUAAUGAUGGAAGGGAUAAAGAUUUACGGCGCCUGCUCUUUUUCAACGUCGCCGAGAGCCAGUCAAGGCCUUCGUACAAUCCGUCGCCCGUGGUUGCGCAGCAGGCUUGGAUGUACCACGGCCGGCCAAACGUCCGCAGACCGAGCUUCUCGGUCAUCUCAGCCGCGCUCAUCGAGUUUGGCAAAUCCUGCUUGUUGGCAAAGCAAGGGUGAUCGCGUCGCGGAGCUCGUCCUGGGCAAGCAUGCGAUGGAGCUCGUCGCGGGCUUGGUCGAUGCGGUCGCGGUCGUUCGAGUCGACGACGAAGAUGAGGCCGCGCGUGUUGUCGUAGUAGUGGCGCCACAGCGGGCGGAUCUUGUCUUGGCCACCGACGUCCCAAACCGUAAAGUUGAUGUUCUUGUACUCGAGCGUCUCGACGUUGAAGCCGAUGGUCGGGAUCGUCGUCACGACUUCGCCGAGCUUGAGCUUGUAGAGGAUUGUGGUUUUGCCGGCGGCGUCGAGGCCGACCAUGAGGAUGCGGACGUCUUGCUUGCUGAAGAGGCGGUCCAUGACCCGGGAAAAGAGCAUACCCAUGAUGCUUAA